AUGUGGAUUAACUGCGGAAAACUAUCUGAUUUCACACAGGCGCGAUAUGUGGUCCGUCUGAACACAGGCAAGAAAGUGGUAUUAUUCCGUCUACCGACGAUCGACAAAUCAAGCUUGAAAUCAAACGAGACCAAUGAUGGCUGGUCCUAUUACGCUAUGGAGGCUGAAUGCCCACAUGCCGGCGGUCCAAUGGCCGAUUCCUCGGUUGACAUUGAGGACUCGGCGUAUGUCGUGUCCUGUCCGUGGCACGCAUAUGAUUUCAAUGUAGAGACUGGCGAAUCGAGCGUCGGUAUUAAGGCCUGCACAUUCCCUGUGGAUGUGCAUGGGGAGUUUGUCGCGCUGGAUUUCCCCGUUGAGGAUGGGGAAAGCGUGGGACUUGCUAGUGUCGAGCCUGUUAGUGAGAGAGUCAAGCUUAAGCAUCCGCGACCAGCGGAGAAGGUUGCUACUACUCCUGCUACUGCUUUUGUUUCUCCGAGUCCAAAGGACCCCGGGAUGGCGACUUAUCUCGACGACGACGCGACACUGUGUGAUUGGGCUGCCCACAUUCUCAAUACCGCUAAUCCAGAACACAAGAUCGAGCUGGCUACGCAUCUUUUCUCCAUUUUCACUGCUAGAGAGGCUUCCGAUUCACCCAUGCCGCUUGGAAAGGGCACGGUUUCUCCGCCUGACCAGCCACCACGCGAGAAAAUGGAAACCGUUAACCCGGGCCAGAUGCCGAAGGCAGGACGAGGCGGGACCUUGAAGAGCCGUAUUGCUAUGCUCCAUGCGCUGGCCAAUAUCGAAUUAUGGGCUAUCGAUCUGGCGAUUGAUAUCUGCAUCCGCUUUGCGACUUUCCAAACAGAAGGGACAGCUCAGGAACUUCCACGCGCAUUCUUCUACGACUGGUUGAAGGUCGCGAACGACGAGGCUAAACACUUCUCCCUCCUCCGCACCAGACUAGAGGAGAUGGGAGCUGCCUUUGGUUCACUCCCAGUACACCACAGUUUGUGGAUAUCCGCAACUGAAACUGCGUACGAUCUGCGGGCCAGAAUCAGUAUUAUCGCCCUUGUGCACGAAGCACGAGGUCUGGAUGUCAACCCUAUGACGAUUGAGAAGUUCCGCAAAGCUGGUGACGGCGAGAGCGUCGAUGUCUUGGAGGUUAUUCACAACGACGAAAUUACACAUGUCACUACUGGUCACCGGUGGUUGACGUGGAUCUGUGCACAGGAGGGAACUGAUCCGGUUCAGGUGUUCCGGUCGAAUGUGCAGAAGCAUUUCAAGGGUCCGAUCCGGGGGCCAUUUAACGAAGAAGCACGCUUGCAGGCUGGAAUGGACAAGCGCUAUUAUGAGAACCCGAGUGCUCCCAGUGAGGGAAUUGCGGCUUCAUGA